UUGUGCCAGUUCAUAUCUCUGCUCUCGCUCUGUGCAUACAGUAUUCGUCUCCUUAGUAAACCUGGCUAUCAUGGACUACGAUCACUGCGGCAACAAUGGCAAUGGCGUUGUUCAUUCUACGGCAACCCGAAAUCGAGUUCGAAGAGUUGUUCGUGGGACUGGCAAUGGAACAUCUGGUUCUGCCCGAUACCCUAAUGACAUGGCGACUCAAAUCCACCAUUACGAGCAAGAAGCAUACAUCUCAGUUCUGCGGGCUUUCAAAGUGCAAUCUGAUGCUCUUACUUGGGAGAAGGCAAAAUUAAUGACAGACCUCAGGAUAGAAUUGCGGAUAUCAAAUGAAGAACACAGGGCGUUUCUUAACAGGGUUGAUAAAUCCGAGAAAAAGAAAAACAAGGUUGAUGAAGAUGAUGGCAACUGCUCUCCAUUCCACAAGAAGCAACAGAUAUCAUUGACCUUUGGAAACCGAGGUGUUGCAGAUCAUGCAUUGCGCAAUAUAUCCUCAAUUGAGUCUGCGCAGCAGUAUUAUUCAACAGGUACAACAAGAAAGGGAGCCCGUCGAGCUGUUCGUGGAGCUAAGAAGUCCAUGGAUCAUGAUGGUGCUGUUCUACCAUUACAGAGUCCUAAUGGGGAUCUGAAUCAUAUUCAGAUGGUUUCAACAGAAGCAGUAGUUGAUGAGGUGGAGAACAUUUUGCUUUCAAGUCACCCUGAGCCUUAUGAAAUUGAACAUGCAGUGAACAUCUUGAAAAAUCAAGAGGAAACGUUGGUUGAUGCACUUGCCAAGAUCACAUCUGCAUCCGAAGGCGAAAGCUUGGAGGCUGGAAAUAGUCGUGAGCCAUCAAUGGGAAGAGAACAGGAGUUGACAGACAAACAACUUGACAUCAAUGGCCCACCUGCUCUUGGUGCUGAAUAUGGGAUGGUGACUGAUGGAGAAGGUGGUAGUGGUGAGCAAGGGUCACAUGAGAGUAGCAAAGCGGCAGCUUAAUUCUACUGACGAGGAUGGUGGGAUGGUUAUCGUUUAAUUGGGUAAUCUAUUUUGCCAAACUCAUAUUCUGGCAAUAGGAAUUUUAUAGGCGUAGCUAAGUAUGACUAAUCUUUUAGGUAGCAAUUUCCCAAUCAAAAUGUUGAUCCAAAGACUGAAAAUAGGAUUUAACAUUGUCAUAUAGCAUUCUGAACAGUUUUGAUUUUCUUCUGCACAGAGAGUUGCAAAUAUAUUUUUUCUGAA